AUGAAUGUGUUUGAUGUGUACAGAAGCCUGUUCCAGCCGCUGAAGGUAUCUCGCCAUCAGUUCAAGAGAGUCAUCAAUUGCAUGAAACUCAUCCGCUACGUCAAGUUCCAAGAGAUUUACGCGCAGGAGAAGAUAACUCGAGUGGAUUCGCUCUCGCUCGUGCUCUCCGGCAGACUGGUGAUAAGCCAAAAUGGGCGAGCUCUCCACAUUGUGUCUCAACACCAGUUCCUUGACUCUCCAGAGUGGUUUGGUGUCUCUACUGAUGAGUUCUUCCAGGUCUCAGCAACAGCCAUAGAAGAUUCUCGAGUGUUGAUCUGGCAUCGUGACAAACUCAAGCUCACAAUUAUGGGCGACCAGUUUCUUCAAGCAGUGUUUGACCACAUUUUAGGCAGAGAUGUCGUAAAGAAGCUUAUGCAGGUCAACGAGAGUUUGUCAGGGAUGAGCAAUGGCCACUGCGUUGCCAACCUGGCCGAUGACAGCGAGACUAAGCCGUUGCUGGUGGUCAAGAAGGGGGAGGAGUCGGGGAGCAUUACGGCAAUUAUCAACCGUCAGUUACAGGGUGGCGAUGAGGAUGAAGCCAGUCUCCUCGAACACCAGUUGGAAGUCGCCGUGGUGGAGUACCGGGGGGAGACACAGAUAGACAGUUAAUGACACUCCUCCGUGGAGACUCGGACGCAUUGAGGAGACAGAUCAGGAGACUCCAGUAUGAGCCCCAUGAAUUAGGAUCUCCGCUUCUAAAUGCUUUCAAACUGUUUGCACCACAACUGGAAAAUGUUGACC